AUGAAAUCCCAGCAACGGAUGAAAAAAACGGAUGAGAAACACAGUAGCAAUACUAAGGAAAAGGCAGGAAGUAACAAAAAGCUUGCCAAAGAAAAAAGUCGUAGAAGAGCCCGAUUUGAUUCUAGUUCGUCCGAAAGCGAAACGGAAGUAGUUACACAGGAAAGUGGUGAAUCAGAAAUAGAAGUAGACCGUUCUGAAAUUUGUGCAGAAUGCGGUGGAUAUUAUUUCGACAAAAAGGGUCCCAAAUGCGAUUGGAUACAAUGCACGAGGUGUUCAGACUGGAUCCAUGAGAUCUGCACAAGAUCUGACUUAUAG